UUCCAGUGACACAUAUAUAGUUCAGUACUCUUAGCGCAUGCGCGCAAAGUGGAGAACAUGUGUUCCGCUAACGACAAUAGAAUUCUAGUUUACAUGUUUCACGUUUGUACUAUUUCUAUCGAUCUAAUCCACGAAAUAAAACAAAGUUAUCAAAUCCUUUCCGUCAUAUAUAUUAUACUCUACAUAAUUUGGUGCCGUGACCAGGAUUAUGGCGGAAAAUCUACAAAAAUUGCAAGCAUCACGAGCGGGCUAUCGAGCCCAUUUGACACAAACAAUCAAGAAGGCGGCAAAUAUUCUAACGAAAGAGGAUUCUCUAACGGACAGUGAUAUUACAUCGAUAAAGCGAAUCAUUGAUCAAUUGACUCGGAAAAGGUCGAUUCUGGAAGAACUGGACGAAAAAAUCGUAGCGUUGGUCGAAGAACCGAAAGAACUCGAGAAAGAAAUAUUCCAAUCUGAAGACAUCAAAGAAGAAAUUGACGAGACAAUAGCACAGAUAAGUAGCACUAUUGAACGCUUUCAAUCAACUAAGUUGUCUCCGAGUAACCCUCCCUCUGAAGUACCUCAAGUAGUCGUAGAAAAUGCAAGAGAUCAAACCUCCUCAACAUCCGUCAACACAAAUGAUCAAACACACUCGGGGACCCCUAAUGAGAUUGCUCAACAAGAGACUGUCCCCCCUCCUACAGAGACUCAAUUACAAAUAGAAACCCCAGUUGUUACACCAGUACUUCCAACAACCCCACCAUCAACUACCCCCCAUCACCCUAGCCCUCUCAAUCAAAAUAGUCGUUUACCAAAAUUAAACCUUCCAACAUUUUCUGGGAACCCACUACAGUGGUUUACAUUCUGGGACUCAUUUGAAGCCACAGUCCACACCAAUCCAACCCUAGGGGAUGUACAAAAGUUUAGUUAUCUUAAGGCCCAACUGGUGGGGGAUGCAUCAAGAGCUAUUACAGGGUUUCCCCUUACAAAUCACAACUAUACCAAAGCUGUCCAACUCCUAAAGGAAAGAUUCG